CUCCCAUCACACAAACAUUUCAUCGCCUCCUAAAGCAGCAUCGGCUACUACCACCGACUCCUGCUCACACAGCUCGUACUGUGCAGCACAUAGCUAGUGAACGACCAUGGCGUCCCAGGCCAUCGAGAACCACCGUGCCGGCGCUGAGGUCGUCACCGGAGACGCCAUCUGCAGGAAGAAGUCAAUCGAACUGCUGGAGGAGCUCGGCCUCCCCAAGGGCUUCCUGCCCCUCGUGGACAUCCAGGAGUUCGGGUACAACCGCGAGACAGGGUUCAUGUGGCUGGUGCAGGGGAAGAAGAAGGUGGAGCACACCUUCAAAAGGAUCAAGCAGACCGUGUCGUACGCCACUGAGGUGACGGCAUUCGCCGAGAAGGGCAAGCUGAGGAAGAUCACCGGCGUGAAGACAAAGGAGCUGAUGCUCUGGCUCAGCGUCGUGGAGGUCUACGUGCCCGAGGCCUCAUCGGAGAAGGUUACCUUCAAGACUGGCACUGGCCUAUCCGACACCUUCGAUGCCUCUGCCUUUGCGCUGGGAGAGUAAUUACCAGCCACAAAAAUGGUUGGCUUCAAAAGACAUGCAUAAUCUAUCUUUUGUAUUUUAAACUUCCAUAUAUCUUGUGAUGAGUUUAUGACCCAUAAUCAAGGGCCGUGCCCAUUGCAGACAUUUCUAUGUAUUUCCUUGUUUAUCAUAUAGUUUUUAAAUAUCUCACUUCAAAA